UUUCAGUAAAACGAUUUCUCUCUUUGCAAUAACAAGACUCAAUGAAUUUAUUAAUUUAAAAAUAAUUUUCUCAAAAAAAAAAAAAAAAAAAACAGAAGAAAAUAGAAAAAAUUCUCUAAAAUCUGUUUUUAAAAGAAAAAAAAAAUGUCUUCAACUUUUCCUCAAGAAGUUCGCUGUCUAUUUUAAUUAUUUUGAUUUUCUAGACGCAGAAUUGUAAAUUAUUUAGAAAAUAAAAAUGACGGCCACGCCAUUAGCUUUGGGAGUUUCGACAUUUUUUAUUGUACUGACAAGUCUCAUUGCACAUUGGCUGAGGAAAUAUGUUUCGUAUUAUGUUAAUCAACCGUUAUUGAAAUCCUUAUUUCUCGAGGCGAUCGCCACCGCUGAACUCUGCGGAGGAUGCUUCGAAUUAAUUAUCAUUGCCGAUAAUUGGGGGAUAUCGAUGUACGCGAUUUAUUUAUUUUUCAUGACAAUUUGGUGGUGCCACGUGUGGGGCGAUGCGACGGCCUGUCCCUACACACAUUUAGAGGACGUUAUCGAGGGAAAGCAAAAUUUACGAAAGGCAUUUUUAUUAAUUUGGGCACAAUUAAUGGGAGGACUUAUUGUCUUUAGAUACAAUCAAUUAUUAUGGUUCCUUGAAAUUGUUCCCACGCACAAGGAUCGAGCAUUUUCCGAAUGUAACACUGAUCUUCAGGUUCCAGUUUUUUACGGAGCAAUAAUUGAGGGGGUCGCGACUUGUAUUUGCAGAGUCGUUUCCCGCAUUCUUAGCGACCUUAAUCCAAGAUUUAGCACAAUUAUCGAUUCCUUUGUUGGAACUUCAUUAGUUGUCGCAGCGGCUAAUUAUUCCGGAGGCUAUUUUAAUCCGGCGUUGGCAACAUCAUUGAAGUACGGCUGUCUUGGCACAACGACAAUGGACCACGUGAUUGUCUAUUGGGUUGGAGCAUGUGCGGGAUCAAUUGCUUCAAUUCAAAUUUAUAGAAUGCCAUUUAUUCAACGUUUCAUUCACAAUGAGAAAAAUGACUAAAUUUCCGUCUUAUUGCCAAAAAAAUAAAAAAGAAAAUUGAAUAAAUUUCCGUCUUAUUGCCAAAAAAAUAAAAAAGAAAAUUGACUAAAUUUUCGUCUUAUUGCCAAAAGAAAAAAAAUGACUGAAUUUCCAU